AGCUUCGAUUGAGUGUAUACCUAUCAGAUUCGAGGGACACAGCUUACACGCAGUUUUAUGUGUAGCUUUCACGCAGUUGCGCGCUUCUGCUGCGCGCGGCUUGCCCCGUCUAUUAAACUUAACCGAGAACCAGGACGUACGAGAUCCUUGGCAUAGCAUGACGUGAGGCGAACAAAUUCGUCUUCUUCUCCCCACACACUAUAUCAAUCCAUGUCAUCAAACAACACAGAAUUCUGAAAGACAUGGCUUCAGUACCGAUAGAGAGAACACUCAAGGUUUUGAUAACUGGCGGAGCUCGAGGGAUCGGCCGUGGAUUAUUCCGACAUUUUCUGGUUACUGGACACGAUGUCAUGAUACUCGAUUCUAACUUGGAAGAGCUGGAACACGUCAAAUCUCAAGCUCAGAAGUGGCCAGGCGCGCAGAAGGGCAAUUUGCAUGCGCUUCGAUGUGACCUUAGCAAGCGGGACGAGAUCAGAUCCGCUGUGGAUACGGUCACUAAGACGUUCGAUGGCAAACUCGAUGUUCUGAUCAAUAACGCGUUUCCGACCGCAAUAGCCUUAUCACACGAUCGAGCAAUGGAAGCAAAAGAUGACGAUAUCGAGAAAGAGUGGGAUCUGCAAAUCGCCAUCGGCCUCACAGCACCUUUUGUUCUUGGUCGUCUGUGCGUCCCACUUCUCACAGCUGGAAACUCGACAGCCGAAUCUCCAGGCUGUAUCAUCAAUAUUUCCUCAACACGAGCCUAUCAGUCCGAGUCCAACCACGAAGCCUACUCUGCCUCCAAGGCUGGCCUGCUUGGACUUACACAAUCCAUGUCCGUAUCUUUGGGACAUCGCCAUCAUAUUCGGGUCAACGCCAUUAUCCCAGGAUGGAUCCACGUCGUGAAUGAGAACAAAGCCGGGGAUGAGCAAGACAUUGCUUGGAAAGAAGGACUUAGCAAGGAAGACAUGGAAUGGCACCCUGCAGGCAGGGUUGGUAAGGCAAGUGACAUUGCCAGGGCUGUGGAUUAUUUGGUUGGUAGCGAGUUUGUGACAGGCCAAGAGGUGGUAGUCGAUGGGGGAGUCGGUAGAAAGAUGGUGUACCCAGAGUAGGGCGCC